CAGCCACCUGAACUCAGAUUCGCUCCCCAAAUCAAAGCCUCUUUUCCAGCUACCUGUCAGGCCAUUUUGUGAACAGCAGGGCUUGAUGGACCUUAAACUUCUCAGCAACAUCGGAGCCUAGUAUUGAAGACAGCAAUACAAGAAAGCUGUUCCUCCUCCUCCUCUUGUUGUUUUACAUCAUCAGACUACAGCUACUUCCUGACAUUAAGCACAGCUUCUUGCCAACCCUCAGGGAAGAGUCUCUCGUUUCAGAGGAGACGGAUUCUGCUGCUGGUGAGAGAGCCUCACCUUCCACAAGUACUUGUGCUUGGAUGCCUCUGGUGGUGCUUAGAGUGGAGAUGAGCGUGUAGAAAGUGUCUGCUGAUGGAAAAUGUCACAGACACAUCUGGAAGGGAAAGAGGCCCUUGUGAGGCAUCUACGAACAAAGCUCCGGGGAAACAGGAAAGAUGCUCCUAAAGCAGGCAGCUGGCCAGAGAAUCGCUCUGCAGCAUCCCAUGCAACAGAGCUGGGACAGACCUCUGCACCAGGUUCCAAGGGUGAGCCACCUCCCGAGCUCUCCAGGACCAAGAGAGUGGAUUUCACCAAAGCCCCUCUGUCUCGCAGUAAAGGCCAGAAUGAGGGACAGAGUUUGCCUACUCAUCCCUUUAGUGAGAACCCAGCAUGGGUGACACCACAGCUGAAGAAGGGGAUUGCUAAAGAGGCCAGUUUCCAGUCAGCCACUGCAAAGCCAGGAGGAAGAGAGGCAUUGAACAAGGACAUUGGAGCCACCUCAGAUCCUCCCCAGAGAAGCACAGCCCAGCAGAAAUGGCCACCUGUCAAAAACAAGGGUUCUCCAAUAGUUCCUGCUAAAGGAGCAACCGUUCCAGCUUCCCUGAAUGCCGCAGGAAGCACCACUGAGACAAGGCCUCCAGCUCUGCCUCGGAGGAAGCCUUUGCCGCACAUCAAGGCACUGGGAGUGAGGCCAGCCAAGCCUAGGCGCCCUCCUCUUGUGGAUCUGGAGAAGUUCAGUGCAGCUGCACAUCCUGGGGUACACAGCCAUCCUGCCACAGAACCAUCAAGGAAUACUCAGCCAAGUUACCUGAAACCGGGUAGUACUGCAUCAGUCAAAGCACGAUUCCCACCACAGAACGCUCCAAGUUUAACAGGGGAAGAAGAUGAGAUAUACGAUGACGUAGAGCCUGUCGGACUGCUUGGGAGAGGCCAAGGCUUUCCGCUACGUGCUGCAUCCCAGCCCCCAGCAUGUUCCCGCUCUGGAGGAGGCGGAGGAGCUGGUCUAGCCGCUAACAAUGUGGCCAUGAUGCCAACUGCACAGAGAGAAGGCCAGAUCUUUCAGAGGACGAAGGUGAUGACACUCAAGGAAUGCAAGAAGGAAGAGAAGGCAGACAGGGAGUUUCAGAAGAAAUUCAAGUUUGAAGGAGACAUCCGUGUCCUGACACAAAUGAUGGUUGACCCUGCAGCGACGGAGAAGAGAGGUGGAGGGAAGAACCUCCCGCUCAGACGAGGAGAAAUUCUAGAUGUCAUUCAGUUUACAAAUAGGGAGCAAAUUCUCUGCCGAAACAGCCAGAGGAGAUAUGGCUAUGUGCCCCGGGCCGUGAUGCUACACCUGGACACUGACAUCUAUGACGACGUUGAGAUUUAUGCAGGUUGAGCAAUCCAUGCUAAAGCAAAAGUCACAAGACACCAUCAACAGAGAGACGUCUCUGAGGGUCUAAACAUGAAAAGCUCUAUCUGUCAUGCUCCCGCUGCCUUUCAAAUAGCCUGCCAAAGUGACUGUGUCUUUGCCGAGCCGAAGCACUGGAAGGCUCACCAUUCUGCAGGGAUCUUGUCCCAUAAAAGCAGGGACCAGCCAGAGGGCUGAAAGUGAUCCUUAAAUCAAACUGUCUUCUCUGUGGCUUUAUUUUGUCUGUGUAAAAUACGGCAAUGAUUUGAGAAGGUUUCAUGGUCUUAAUUGGGGAUUGCUAAAUCUGUUUUUCUUUCUUGUUUUGAAAUCCUUGUGCUAGAAAAGGGGAAAUAUCACCACAGUCGGGUUUGAAAUGCCAGUACUUGAGAUGUGAUUACCA